AUGUCCUUUGCAUAUGGUCGACCCGGUCUAUUUUGCUCAGAGAUCACUAUCAAAGACGCUCGUGAUUUCCUUCGACAUCCCCUUUCGCUGCCCACGGAUGCGAGAUUGGUUUCUUCGUGCGAAUCUCUGAUGUUGAGAAUGCCGCUGCAUCAACCUCUUGCGCUGGCGCCAAGUAACGCGGCGCAGCCGUACCCAAACAUGGACGGAAAGCUAAGAGAGGCAAAUCGAGCCAUAACAGAUUGGUACAACUACUGGGAUGGUUAUUAUGCGCGCAAUGGUGUACCUAAAGACCACUUCCUACGAGAGACAUUGAUAACCGGUGGUGCCGGAUCCUUCCUAUCCUCGAACUCUUACGUCUUGCACGAGAUUCGGAGCCGAAGAGACGUAGCAUUCCUGUCGGACGAACGGAGACAAUGGUUGCAAGAGGCUGGAAGGAAAGCACAGCAGUUGGUGACUAUAUGUCUGCGAGGGCAACAGUAUGCCAACACGAUACAGUAUGCUAACCUCCUGACCCAUUACAACAUCGUAUACGCUGCGCGUUUCCUGAUCCGUAUGGCUACGCUGGUUCCUGAGUCAUGUAAUUUGAGACAGAUCGGCAAAGACGUAGAACAAGUUGCGAUCAUGUUGACCAAAGGUGAGUUAUCUCGCCAUGAGAAUGCGCUGACCCGAUCAGUCCCUGGCUUCCUGUUCGCCCAUAUGCUCUCAGACGUCGUGAAGAAAGCUCGGAGAGACCAAGUACUACCACCGGCGUCUCGUGCACCUUCUCGACUGCCGUCUCCUACCAGAGGUCUGACCGCUCUACCUAUGUCUGACCAAAACUCUUGGUCGUCCGGCCUCACCCCGAAUACCAACUUUGUAUCCUCUCUCUCGGGUGGACCGGACAUCUCCAUCAGCGUGAAUCCAGCAUCUGAUCAAGGCCUAUCGUCGCAUAUGGACUUCUUGUAUGCAGAGCAGCUCUUUGCCAACACAGGGAAUGCGAGCACUCCUAGUCAAUUCUUGCCCAAUCCGGCUAGCGGAACCACUGAUCAAGGAUUCAGUUUAGAUGCGUGGUUCCCGUUCCCUCCUUUGGACAAUGAUCUGAGCCCUCUUCUGGCGACGGGUACAGAUCCUUCCGCCCAUCCGCCUCCUACCAACGCAAACGAGAGCCGGCAAACGUGGUGGUGA